CCGUGGUAGCCGUGUUUAGUCCGAGCAUCGCGCUCCGCGGUGACAGAGGAGCGGAUCUCCUGUUCACCUGACGCCAGACGCAGCGUAAGUUCGCUCCUGUCUGCACUUUGACAUCGAUGUGUUUUGGGGAGAGGGAGGAAGGAGUGUAGGGUUUCGGGUAGCCCUGAAGUCAACGCUGGAUUUUUUUUCCCCCAAACAUUUUCUUUCCACCAGCACCACCUCGCCUUCAUCGUUUCUCCUCACGCACUCAGACUAUAAGCGGUUCUUUUUUUUUUUAUUGAUGUCUUGACCGCCUCGAAAACGAGCAGAACCGGGAACGCUGAGGACUUGUUGCGCGUCUCCGGGGAGCGCACCAGUCCAGUCGACACUGUACCUGCGUGCGAUGCUUUGAUUUGAACAGCGAGCCGUCUGAGCGGAGCCGGAAUGGACUGUGGAGAUCAGCUCAGACUAACAGCCUGAAGUCAGCGCGGCCCGGUGCUCGCUGACUAUGAGAAUCUGACCGUAAUUAACCAAAUUGGGCUGAUUAGGUUCCUUCAGGGCGCCAGAGCUGCUGCUGCUCGGCUGAUGCUUUAGGAACCGGUUUCUCCUUUAAAUGGGACCCACGCACAGCCAAGGCAAACUUUAUUCGGGUCAGAUCCGACGACUUCAUUAAUUUUCUUUUUACAUUUUUGUUGUUGUUGUUUGCAAAUCGAGCUCCGCUUCUCAUCGACAUGUCUGAGCGUGAUGGAUAUGGAGACGGGCUGUGCAGCGACGGAGCGCCGGACUGCAUCCCGCCGAGAGCGUCCCGCGGCCGGCGGAGCGGUGUCAUCCUCCCCGGUGGCGGCCAGGACACCGACACCAUCCUGCUGGAGUCGGUGAAGGCAGCGCCUCGUCGGAGCAGCAUCAUAAAGGAUCCCUCCGUACAGAAGGUGGGUGGAGGCAGGAAGAAGACUGUGUCCUUCAGCAGCAUGCCCUCUGAGAAGAAGGUGAGCAGCGCAGCAGACUGCCUGGCGUUCAUGCAGGGCGGGUGUGAACUGAAGAAGAUCCGGCCCAACUCCAGGGUUUACUGUCGUUUCUACACCCUGGACCCAGACCUGAGCUGCUUACGCUGGGAGCCGUCUAAGAAGGACGGGGACCGGGCUCGGCUGGACGUCUCCAGCAUCCGGGAGGUCCGCACCGGGAAGAGCACCGAGACCUUCCUCCAUAACGGGCCUCUCUCUGAGCACCUGGCUGAGGAGGCGGCCUUCUCUAUCAUACAUGGGGAUGAUUAUCAGUCCCUGGACCUGGUUGCGCUGUCAGCAGAUGUGGCCAACAUCUGGGUGACAGGCAUUCGCUACCUGUUGGCCCACCCCUCUGUGAUUGGUGGGGCUGGGGGAGGUGGUGUAGGAGGUGGGGGGCUCGGUGAAGGAGGGGGUGUGGCGGUAGAAGGCAGCCUGGGGAGCAAGAUGAGGAGUGAGUGGCUGGCGGCGGAGUUUGCCCAGGUGGAUGAAGACGGCUACGGCAUCGUGUCGGAGGAUGUGGCCGUCGCCACCAUCUGUAAACUGUGCCCCGGCAUCAAGGAAGCCAAGGUGCGUCUGCGUUUUAAGGAGAUCCAGCGUAGCAAGGAGAAGCUGACCUCCCAUGUGACGCGUGAGGAGUUUCAGGAGGCCUACUGCGAGCUUUGCACCCGGCCCGAUGUCUACUUCUUACUGGUGCAACUGUCCAAGGACCGGGAGUGUCUGGACCCUCAGGACCUUCGUCUCUUCCUGGAGACGGAGCAGGGUUUGUCACUGGCGACGACCGAGGGCUGCUGGGAGCUCCUGAGACGAUAUGAGCCGUCUGUCCAGGGCAGGGAGAGGGGGCUGCUGGGUCUGGACGGAUUCGCUCGCUACCUGCAGUCCCCCGAGUGCCAGCUGCUCGACCCGGAGCACCAAGGGGUUUGUCAGGACAUGAACCUGCCUCUGUCCCACUACUACAUCAGCACUUCGUAUCGCUCAUACCUGCUGGAUGACCAGGUCCACGGCAGAGCAGACCUGGGAGGGCUGAUCAAGGCCCUGCAGUCCGGCUGUCGGUGCCUCGAGCUGGGAGUGACCGACGGCCCAGACGGGGAGCCUCUCCUCGGAGUCGACUACGGUCCAGACAUCCCCCACCACCAUCAUCACCACCACCAUCACCACCACCAUGCAGCUGUCACCAUCCGCUCUGCUCUGGAGGUGGUCAAUAAGUAUGCCUUCCUCACCUCUCAGUACCCGCUCUUGGUGUACCUGUGUCAGCGCUGCUCUCCUGCCCAGCAGCGCACAAUGGCUCAGCACCUGAAGAAAGUGUUUGGCUCCCGCCUCUACACUCCAGAGGCCCUUCCUGUCAGCCUGGGAGGGCGAGCAACAACCUUACCCUCCCCCGAGCAGCUGAAAGGCCGCAUCCUAAUAGUGGGGAAGAAGCUCCCUCCGGAGCAGCAAGGCUCCGAUGGGGAGGUAUCUGAGGAGGAUGAGGAGAUAGGGGGAGGAGGGCCUUUGGCAGGACGGCGAAUGACCAUUCCUGGUGAGGAGGAACUGGGCGUGGUCUUAGUGGUGCCUCCACCCUCUCAACCCAGGAAGCUCUGUCUCCAUAAAGAGCUGUCGGACCUGGUGGCAAUCGCUCGGACUGGCAGCCGCAGCUUCUACGCCCAGAGAGCCAGUCACAAACAGGCUCAGCAGCUGUCACCCCCCAGCAGUCCCUCCUCUCCCGGCACGCCGAUCCCUCCUGAGGCGCCUUAUUGGACACUGUGCUCCCUGGGUGAGGGAGAGGCAGGGCGGCUGACCAGCGAGAGCCCGGAGGACCUCGUCAUGUUCACCAAGCGCACUCUGACCAGGGUACGACCCAGCUCAGUCCGUCUGGACUCCAGCAACCCUAAUCCACAAGGAUACUGGAAAGGAGGGGUCCAGCUCGUGGCCUUGAACCAGCAGACCAGCGGCGCCAUGCUGGACCUUCACCGAGGUCGCUUCUCACAGAACGGAGGGUGUGGUUACGUCCUCCGACCUGCUGUGAUGAGGGAUGAGGUGUCGUAUUUCAGUGCCCACACGCAGGGAUGCGUGCCAGGAGUGCCGCCUCAGACUCUACGCAUUAAGGUUAUCAGUGCCCAUAACCUGCCCAAGCCUCAGGGGUCGGGGGCUAAGGGAGAGGUCAUCGACCCGUAUGUGGUUCUGGAGCUGCAUGGUGUACCAGCUGACUGUGCUGAACAGAGGACACGCACUGCUGCUCAGAACCAGGAUGACCCACUGUUCGAUGAGACCUUUGAGUUUCAAGUAAACAUGCCGGAGCUGGCCUUGCUGCGCUUUGUGGUUCUAGACGACGACUACAUCGGAGACGAUUUCAUUGGCCAGUACAGCGUCACCUUUGAGUGCCUUCAACCCGGCUACCGUAAUGUGCCCCUGCUGGGCCUGGCGGGGGACCCCUUACCCCACACCAGCCUGUUUGUCCAUGUGGCGAUCACCAACCGGAGAGGAGGCGGGAAGGCCCAGCGACGAGGUCUGUCGGUGAGGAGGGUGGGAAGGCGGGGGCGGGAGUACGUCACGCUGAGGCACACUGGCAUCAAGGUGGUGGAUGAGACUUUCAAACCAGCUAGUGCCCCUCUCAAGGAGGCGACAGACCUGCGGGAGGAUGCUCAGAGCACCACCACCAGUUUCAAAGAGCAGUGUGGGCUCCCCACGGUGGCCAAACUGAAGCAGUGCAUCCAGAGCCUGGCCACAAGGCUGCAGAGCCCUGAGGGCACCAUGGGGGCCACCAUGGUGCUGAAGGAGGGAUACCCAUGUCUGGAGCCCCUGGUCAACCUGUCAGAGCCGACACGCAAACUGCUCACUGCCUACGACACGAUGAUUGCCGCCCAGAAACAGCUGAUCGAGAACGCAGAUGCUGUUCAGGAGAGGAUCGCCCAGGUGCAGAGAGAAGGCAUGGACUUCCACGAGGAUCUGUCUCGGCUUGGGGAGAAGGAGGGACUGAAGGGGCGCAAGCUGAGUAAAGCUGUGGAGAGUUUCACCUGGAACAUCACUGUCCUCAAGGGUCAGAGCGAUCUGUUACGCGGAGCUAAGAUGGAUUCCCUGGAUGCCCUGAGGCAGUUGGCUCUGGCCUGUGAAGCCUGUGGAUUCACCUCCUCUUCCUCUUCCACCAACUCCUCAUCCUCCACCUUCUCCGCAGCCGAGCUGCACUACUCGUCCCACCCCCUGUCUGUCCGCCGCAGCAGCACGCACGGCAAUGGACGUAUUUGACAUCCUGUCCCUCCCCCCUGGGUCCAGCACGCUGCCAAAGAUGAAAAGGGAGUGGACAGAGUAAUUACAGAGGAUAACAGAGAUGAGCAGAUAUGAGAGUGAGAAAGACCGAAUAAAAAAAAGAAAAGUGCUGGGUUUACAAGGCACCAGAGAAGGCAGAGGAUUCUCUUUCUGGCAGAGUGUAUCCCUUUAUACAGUGCAGUAAGUGUCUAGACUAGCCUAGACCAGAGCAGCAUGUCUGUUGAAGCCUUAUGGUGAGUUCAUCAGUUUAUCACUGAAGGUCCAGCCUGCAGAGAAGCUUUUCAUGAAUGUUGUAACUCCAUGGUGGAAAAGCAAAGAAUGACACUCCACAUGGGUCCUUAAACUUUCGACAGCUCCUGCUUACUUUUCCGAAAGAAAUGUGUGUAACUCAACGUUGUAACUCAGCAGGUUUCCCUCAACAGAGAGGAAAUCACAGACACCUGAAUAAUUUGUGGUAAUGGGGCUGUCGUGGAGCCCAUGUUUACAGUUGUUGUUGUUUGCAGACUGAAUGCAGAAUGGAGGGGCUGGAGAGCUGAUAGGACAAUUAUUUUUCUGUCUCAGUAUUUCAGCUCGUCCCUUGGGAAGAUAACAAGACCUGUGUGUGUGUGUGUGUGUGUGUGUGUGUGUGUGUGUGUGUGUGUGUGUGUGUGUGUUUGUGUUUCAAAUGGUGGAAAAGAGAAAUAUGCUAUAAGAGAUUGAUUCACAGAAUAUGACCCACGCAGACAGAAAUUAACCAAUUCCAGUAGCCUAGAUUUGUAGUAUAAUACUACUUUUUAAAAACUCACUAAAACACAGAAUCUUUGCUGUAGCUUAAUGUAAAGAAGCACAGUCUAAUUUAUUUAAUUAACUGUAUUAGUUCUCAUGGUGUAUAUUUCCAGUUUUCAAUUUAAUAACAAAAGCCAAACUCCCAAGCCGUUUUCUGGUUGUACCCUUGAAUAACUCAUUGCUAAAAAACACAAGGAUGCCUCACACACAUGUCCUCAUUCGGCCUCUAUAUUCAUGUAUUCUAUAUUCAGCAGAAACACACACACACACACACACACACACCGGUCCUUGUUAUCUCCCCUCUGAUGGCCUUUGAGCCGGUCAUGUUCACUUGUAGAGGGGACGGCUGAAACACGAGGAAUGAGGCGUCGUGGAGUAGGGACACAGUAAUUGGAGAAGUGGAUUUGUGUUGAUACUGUAGUACUACACGUGUGCUGUAGUACAUGUGUGGAUCACAUAACCUCCUCACUGUACCGACAUGUGGGGUAAUGAACGCUCAGAGUGUGUACCUGUGUGUGUGUGUGUUUGUGUGUAGAAGGAUUCUUGCAGUGUUGUUGAUGAAGUACACUGUAUUGAUGUAGCAAUAAUAAUAAUAAUGGUAAGUUACAAGAAAGUCAGUCAGGCUGUUUAACUCAAUGUGUUCUCACUGAAGGAUUGAAAACAACUUAACUAACUUUAUAACUCAGUGAUGCUUAUAAACGUAUUUGAAAACAACUAAAAAAUGGUGUCCAGCAGGUGCUACUGAUCACGGCUCAUAGUUGUGCUUACCUGUCAGUGAUGGUUCUUCUAAGCCUUUGAGUGUAACUGUGUGUUUCUUUUUAACGCAGGAAUCUGACACCUGUUCUUUUAACUGAGCUUUUGUACUCGUUUUCUUGUAUCUUGAAAUGCUGCGUUUGAACCAAACUUGACAAACGUAAUGCUAAACAACACACAGGACUAAGCUAAUCAGACUAGAAAUACCUCCUUGAAUAUUGUCACGUCACUAUUCUCCAGUGAACAAAGUUAUAUCUCUAUCUCUAAUCUCGAUCUAUUGUGUUGGUGAUUUUCAUGUUUUAGUUGAAGGAUUUCAUCUUUUGGAAAAUACCAAAAACAUUUUGGACAUACAAGGUUUGAUGUCAUUAAAAAAAGACCAAGUGAGGCAGGUGUGUUUGAAAAUGAUCGGUUGCUAAUCUAGUAAUCUAGUGCUCCACAUGAUUUAUUUCCACUUAAUCUGCUGCAGGUGACAAUGCAAAGUGUUUGAACAAAGCAAGUCAGGCAACGCGAGGGAACUUUAUGAAAUGAAGACAUUUUGAAUGUUUGUUCUGGCCUUUCAGGGGGGCAGGAGGGCGGACUGCUCAGAGACGAGGAUCACAGCUAAACUUUUUAACAGCUCAUCAGUGCUUCAGUCCAGCUGGUGGCAUUUUGCGGUAGACAGCAUGUAAUGAGAAAUGUUGAAACACAGGGGUUUGACACACACUGAGGUUUAAUUAGUUGUUUAGCCCCUCUGAAGUGCUGGUGCAGGGCUACUGUUUGCUCCGAGUGACAUCCCAUAUUUUUAUACACUCUUUCAUUCAUCUACACGUUCCUUUCCUUUUGCAAUACCUUUAACCUCCUUCAUACCUUCACUUUUUCUCUCUCCUGUUGUUCCUGCUGCUCUUCUGGAGGCUCCAGGUGGGAAGUGACAGAGCUGAUGCACUGAGUCACAGCCACAGGAGGAGGUUGACCUAAUAACAUUUCCAUGUGAGUGUUUUUUUUCCGUGUGUGUGUGUGUUUGUGUGUCUGAGAGCAGGCAUACGCUUCUAAAAGUAGACAACAUAUAUUGGAGAGAGAGCAAAGGUUGAAGGAUAGAGGGAGAAGGGACUGAUACUGGCUUAACUUUUGGUUGCAUGUGCGGUUGGGUGAGCACACCUGCAGUGCUUCAUAAUUGCCUGUGAGCAAUAGACAGAGUGACAGCACCUGCUGUUUUGGUCUAUUAAUAACAUUCUGACUCACUGGAGGCUUUUGGAUGUGUGUAUAUGCUGGUGUGCUUAUGUCUGUCAUGAUACCAUGGUGCCCUAAUUCCUGGCCUGAUGAUGCAAACUGGUUCUCCUGCUCACACAGUCAUUGCCAAACUAGAUGCUAUAUCUCCUCUUAGAUGCACUGAAGCAGACAGCAGCUUCAGGCGCUCUUCGGAAGAGCUCCACUGCCCCCGAGAGGCACUCUCAAGUAUCUAAAAACUACAGAUUUCAUGGGAUCAUAAGAUCUGUUUACCUGUAGGGAGGAUCUCUCUGCGUUAAUGAUGCAUCAGCUCCAGUAAAACAAACCACAGUAUUAGCUUUCUGUGUUCCAGUUUACAUGCCUGCUGACAUGGGAGAUACAACCGGGUCAAAGAGCGAACAGGCGAUGGGAUUUACUUUACCUGAGGAGAUGUGCAAAGACAGAGGUCACAGAGUUUACCUUUGUAGGUGAACAGAGGGAAGAGGGGUCAGGUUUCAGUAAUUUAGCCUUUGCUAGUUAAGUUAAACCUAAUUCUCAGAACAACUCAUCAGGCAUAUACUGUACUUAAAAGAUCUAUGGUAGACAGUGAUGAGUGUGCUGCUGCAUAAAAGCAAGGCAACAGGCAACUGAGAAAAAUGGCAGCUUGUUAUUUCAGUGGAGACCAACCUGUGCAGUGUGUCAGGAAGAUCCAAUUUUUAGCCGGAUGAUCCAAAAGGACCAUACCUGUGUUUUUGCCUGAUUUAACCCACUUACUUCGACUCAUUUACUGUAUACUUGCAAUAGCAAAACAUACCAUUAUUUUUGAAAUGUAUAGAUUGAAUGUGCUUUUAUAUCUUCCAGGCAGCUAUUGGUUUCAGUUAAUGUCAGUGUGUUAUGGAAGCCAGCUUGGAGAGACUUGCUUGAGGUAAAUUCAUUUCAGUGAACAUCCUGUGUGGGUUUAUUUUUGGUCAGGAAGUUACAAUAUCAUAUUGUGGUGAUGCAAAUGAAGACGCUGAUGGAUCUGCAGCUGAAUUUUUGUGAUAAACAGUUCCCUUUUAAAGCCUUUUUAAUGCAAGAAGCUACCAAACUGACAUUAUCCUUCUCACUGUGUACGUUUUUGCUUAUUAUUUAUUGUCUGUUUUUGAAUUUCAGACAUUAGAGCUCAUCAGUCCAGCAUUGUAAAGUAACCAGCUCUGUCUGAGUUUCUCAACAGGUCAUGAUUUCCACACAGGAACAGAUUUUUCCAACUGAUCCAUGUUUUGCAUUUCAUUAGCGUAAUGAUGUUCACAAUGGAUCACCUAUCUCAAGCAAGUUUCAGGUCCCUAAAUGUUGAAAAGUUUUGGAAAACAGUCAGCAGUGAUUUGUAGUAAAUGAACUAAACUUGCAGAAACACCAGUAUGAUCCUUUAUUCAUAUGAAAACAGGGUUUUAGGCAUAAAGCAUUUUUUUAUCCUCUCCACGCUUCGGCCACACUCUGCUUCAUAAGUCACUGCACUUUGCUAUUUCAAGACACUUUACCUGAUGAUAUGUUCAUGUUGCAGUAUUGAAAAAUGAGUGUUUACCUCUGCAAAAGGCACUGCAGUCAGCCACUCACUACAGUGCUUUACUAUGAUCUUCAGUAUAUUGUAUCUCAUUUGUAACCCAGUGUUGCACCCUGGUCCCUGAAGUGUGGACUUAGCUACUUAACUUUAUGCUAUUUAAAGUGGAACAGAUCUAUGCCAAGCUCUGUCUCUCACUGUAAUUGCAUUUUAGGUUUGGAGUUUGAAGGAUGAGAUUGGCAGACUGAUCCAUUCUUAAGAGCAGGGUGCUGCAUUGGGGUGUAUUGUAUCUCUGUUACCCACAUGUCUUAACCUAGACCUAUAUCUCUCUGUGCUCUUCAGUGUGUGAUGCUACUUAUCUUUGCAGACCAGUGAUCAAAUAGCGCUUAACAUUCAUUUGAAUAAUUGGAGAGUUGUUUAUACCUGCCAUAGUGAUGUGGACAAAGUUGUUUCUUGGAAAUGUGUAAAGGUAUUUUAGGUUCUAUAUUACCCGCGGCAUCUGCAGUGUCUGUGUUGGCCUGUGUCUACACCGCUGACCUUUAAUCCAGUGUUGUUUCCUCAACUGUUCUGACAGUCACUGUAUGUUUUUGUAAAAUAGAAAAGAAAAAAAAAGACCGGAAGAAGAAAAUAUUUAUUGAAGUGUGUUUUAAAAAACCAUAAAUAAAUAUAAUUAAUUAAAUGGACCUUGCUUUUAUUUUGAAAAGCUACUGUGUUUUCUAUCUUACAAGUAGUCAAAUAUAACAAGAGUAUGUAUCCCAGACUAAAUAAAGUUAUCUUUUC